CACGGCCGUAAAGCCGCCAUCUUGACGGUGCGGCGCGUUGCGACAUGGAGGCCGCGAUGGCGCUUACGGCAGCCGCGGCGAGGGGGGGGGGCGGCCGCGGCGGGGUCCCGCGGCGGAAGCGACACCGACACCAGUCCCGGCCCCGGCGCCUUCCUCCGCCUCCCCGCGCCCUUCAGUGAGGAAGAUGAGGAUGACGUGCACAAGUGUGGCCGCUGCCAGUCGGAGUUCACCUCCCUGGAGGAUUUUGUGCAGCACAAGAUGCAAAAGGUCUGCCAGCGGGUUCCCGAUGCGCUGCCCGCCGCACCAGCAGCACUCCUUGGCCAAGAGGCACAAAAGCAGGUCGUCCCUUCCGUCGAGGAGUCAAUAACUGUCGCUCACAUAGUUGUGGAAGCAUCUUCCAUAGCAGAGGAAAUCAGCAAUACGUCAGCUGUAGUAGGCAGUGGGCACAUCAAAGAAGUCAUUGUUGCAGGAGACCAUGUGUUUGAAAACCCAAAUGGUCACGUUGAUGGGGAAGUGGCUGAAGAGCAAGGCAACCCUGAUGAGCAGGAGCAGGAUAUUUCCACAGAGCUGAUAAAGGUUAAGCUGCUGGUUAACAAGGAGGGGCGAUACGUGUGUGAGCUGUGCCAGAAGACGUUCAAAACAGCAAGCAUCCUCAAAGCUCACAUGAUCACGCACAGCAGCAGGAAGGACUAUGAAUGUAAGCUCUGUGGCACUUCCUUCAGGACAAAAGGUUCUCUGAUUCGACACCACCGGCGUCACACUGAUGAAAGACCUUACGAAUGUAAGAAAUGUGGGAAAAGCUUCCGGGAAUCAGGAGCUUUGACUCGGCACCUGAAAUCCUUGACACCUUGCACCGAAAAAAUGAACUUUAACAUGAACAAAGAAAUAGUAGUCAGCAAGGAUGAUCUGCCAACAGGAUCCUGUAGCUCAAAUACAGACACCGUUUCAUCGAUAGCAAGUGAAUCCAUCGAGACCUCUCCUGUCAUUCAUCUUGUGACAGAUGCAAAAGGCAACGUUCUUCAUGAAGUCCAUGUCCAAAUGCAGGAGCUUCCUGUUGUGGAUGCAAAUUCGCUGGACCAAGAUCAGCCGCAUGCCGAGGAGCUGCCGUGUGAGGGGGAGGUCAACAGUGAGAAUCUGCUGCGGCAGGCCAUGAGGAACUCAGGGAUCGUGAUAGAGAGAGUCGCUAUGGAGGAGGUGCCCAAGCCUGUUGAGCCUGCUGCAGCUGCUGCAGGAGAGCUGGAAAAUGAAGCAGUGGAAGCAGAAGAGGAGCCGUGUGGGGAACAGUGCGUUGAAGUAGAACAAGCAGAGUCUACAGAUGCGGAAAGAACAAACGGGUACAAAAGUUAUGUUUGCCCUUACUGUAAUGAAACCUUCAGUGAAGCUGCUUCCCUCGAAACACACAUCAAGAGCCAUUUAGAUUACAAACCUUUCAAGUGCGAGGAGUGUGGCAAAGAGUUCACAAAGGGCUACCUGCUGAGGAAGCACCAAGAAGUGCACGUGAACGAACGGCGAUUCCGCUGUGGAGAGUGCGGCAAGCUCUACAAGACCAUUGCGCACGUGAAGGGGCAUCGAAGGGUGCAUUCGGAUGAGCGGCCGUAUUCCUGCCCAAAGUGCGGCAAGCGCUACAAGACGAAGAAUGCCCAGCAAGUUCAUUUCCGCACACACUUGGAGGAUAAGCCCUACGUCUGCCAGUACUGCAGCCGCGGCUUUCGGGAGAAGGGCUCGCUGGUCCGCCACAUCCGCCAUCACACGGGGGAGAAGCCUUUCAAGUGCUACAAGUGCGGGCGAGGGUUUGCAGAGCACGGCACCCUCAACAGGCACCUAAAGACCAAAGGUGGCUGCCUCCUCGCUUUGAAAGAGGUGGAAGAAGUGAUUGUGUCGGAGGAAAGUCAGUCUGCUGACAACUUAGCGGCGACGGUCAUUUCGGAAGAUCCUCACACUGUUUUGGUAGAGUUUUCCUCGGUGGUGGCGGAUACUCAGGAAUACAUCAUUGAGACUGCUACUGAAGACAUGGAGACAAGUGAAGCCACAGAAAUAAUCGAGGGAACAAGACACGAGGUCGACAGCCACAUUAUGAAGGUCGUGCAACAAAUAGUAAAUCAAGCAAACUCCGGUCACCAGAUCAUUGUACAGAACGUCACCGUGGCGGAAAACACCAGUGUGACCACAGAUGCCACAGACACCAUCACCAUCGCCACCCCUGAGAGCCUGACGGAGCAGGUGGCAAUGACGCUGGCAUCUGCCAUCAGGGAAGGAGCGGUGCUCACUGCAGAGGGGAGCAUCGAGACAGAGGAAGGGACAGUGACGAUGGUGGCAUCCGAGGACAUCGAGAUAAUGGAACAUGCAGGAGAGUUUGUGAUCGCCUCCGAAGAGGGGGAGGUGGAAGUCCAGACGGUUAUCGUGUAAUGGAGGGCAUGCAGCCAGCGACAAUAUUGAUGUAGAACAGAGUGGUCGUCUCCAGUCUGGGGAUUUGGAUCAGUCCUAAGAUUGCCCUUAUAUUCGUUCAGAGCAGAGGGUGCUUCCCUAGGGCAGCACAUCGGUACAGCCCCAAAAUGGAAACAACGGUACUGAAGAACCUCUACACGGUUCCGCGGUGGCAGUGACUGGUAUGCAGGAUUUGAGUCUCGGUAUCUUGUCAGCUGCCUCAAAGAUCUCUGCCUAGCGUUUACCUCUGGGCCCAGGACAGCAGCGUUCCGUGUUUUAGAUUUAAGGGGAUUCAGAGAGAAGCGAGUCUUUAGGGCCUCCUAAGAGACUCCUUCAUUGCGUGCAUUUUAAAACCAACAAAGGAAACCAAACCUGAGGAGCUCUGGUGUACGUUCACCACCACUCAGAACCAUUCAUGCCUUUAACCUCACUCCUUUAGCCCUCCUGAGGCAUGGUACUGCAGUAUUUUUCCAUGAUAUCCUGGACACGUAGCCUUAUGUACUGGUCUGUGAGAGAAUGCAUCCUAGUACCCUCGCUGUGCCGGCCAGGCUGCUCGGAGAGCUCCUCUGUCGGUCUGUAAAGCCAUAUUGUAUAGGAAUUUUGGGUUUUGUAACCAUAUAU